UCCUUUCAACUCCUUUUCUUUUCUUAACAAAUCCUCGAUUUGAACCCUGUCGUGGUUAUGGGAGUUCAAUUGAUUCCGGUGUACGGAUUCUCGCCGGAAAUGGAAGCCGCCGCCGCCCAGGAAGCCGCCGCCGCCGGACUUCAGAGCGUCGAGAAACUCAUCAAACUACUUUCUCACUCCCACCAACAAACCUUCCCUGAAAAGUCAUCGCCGCCGUCCUCCGCCGACUACCAGGCGGUGGCGGUGGCUGCCGUCCACAAAUUCAAGAAGUUCAUAUCACUUCUCGACCGGACCCCAAGAACCGGCCACGCCCGGUUCCGCCGCGGCCCGGUCUCGAACCCCUCUCCCACGCCGCAGAAGGCCGCCGAACCGGCCGGUCCGUCAUCAAGAGCUCCGAAAACCGAGGACGUCAGCGGCGCCUCCGGUUCGAAGAUUUACUGCCCCACGCCGGUUCAGCGGCUUCCGCCGCUGCCGCACCACCACCAACAGCUCGUGAAACACGGCUCGAUUGAAAGGAAGGAGUCGUCGACCACCAUUAACUUCGCGUCGCCGGCGACGUCGUUCAUUUCGUCGUUGACGGGCGACACCGAUAGCCUCCAGCCGUCGAUGUCGUCCGGUUUUCAGAUCACGAAUCUCUCCCAGGUCUCGUCCGCAGGCCGCCCCCCGCCGUCGACGUCUUCGUUCAAGAGGAAGUGCAACUCCGUCGACGACGCCACCGGAAAGUGCGGCGGCGCGUCGUCCCGCUGCCAUUGCCCCAAGAAAAGAAAAUCAAGAUUGAAGAGAGUGGAGAGAGUUCCAGCCAUAAGCAUGAAGAUGGCCGACAUUCCACCCGACGACUAUUCCUGGAGAAAAUACGGUCAAAAGCCCAUCAAAGGUUCCCCUCAUCCCAGGGGUUAUUACAAGUGCAGCAGUGUACGAGGGUGCCCGGCCCGAAAGCAUGUGGAGCGGGCCCUGGACGACCCGACAAUGCUUAUAGUGACAUACGAAGGCGAGCACAAUCAUGCCCUGUCCAAGGCAGAUGCACCUGCCCUAGUUCUUGAAUCAUCUUGAUCUUGAUCAUGAUCAUAUAUCCGACGGCCCAGAUCUCUUUCCCCACGCAACACGAUAAGGUUCUCAAUCGCAGCCGUCCGUCCGAUUCCAUAUACAGAUGGUCAACACCGAAUGAUCAUAACAUUUUCAAGACAGGACAAAUAUUGGGCUGGUCCCAUGUUGUUUCUUUUCUUGUUUUUUGACUCUCUCUCUCUUGAAAGAGUGAAAAAUAAAGAAGAGAGAGAGAGAGAGGAACAAAUUUGUGGGUUUGGUGGGAAUUGCAUCAUGCACUUCAAUCAGUGGGUUUUCUUCCUUUUUCUUGUUCCUCCAAUUUGGAAAAUAUAUAUAUAUAUAAAUAUAGAUCUAUCAUAUAUGUAAUUGAUGCCAUGUUUCAUAUAUAUAUGUAUAUAUAUAUAUAUAUUUGUGAUA